CGGCACUCCGCUGACCGGCUGCCGCUCCGUGCGCACGCGCCCUCCCUACUCCUCCUCAACGAACUCGCGGCGUCCGGGCCGCCCAAGCCCACAGCGCCCCCUUUCGACUCUAGGCUUCCCAGCCGUCUACCAUCAGUACUAGGUAUCACUCAGAACAGAGAGGCUCAGCCUCUGGUGCACCAAUGAGCCAAGUGGAGUUUGAAAUGGCCUGCACAUCUCUCAAGCAGCUGAAGGGUCCCGUGAGCGAUCAGGAGAAACUGCUGGUGUACAGCUUCUACAAACAGGCCACCCUGGGCGACUGUAACAUCCCUGUCCCUCCAGCCACAGAUGUGAGAGCAAAGGCCAAAUGGGAGGCGUGGAAUGUGAACAAAGGGAUGUCCAAGAUGGAUGCCAUGAGGAUCUAUAUUGCCAAAGUGGAGGAGCUGAAGAAAAAGGAGUGUGGCUAAGGACAUGUUGGCCAACACAAGGAAGUCGCAUGGCUUCACUGGUAGGGAAUGGGCUUAAGAGUUCUGAUGGCUGGAACACACUGAAAGGGUAACAAGGUUAGCGGAGACAUCAAUAAAUCACCUUAACCGCAGGAGAGUGGAGUCUGUUACAAAAAAAGAAACUGUGAGGGGUCUGAAAAGGGGUUCAAAUGUAAAAGCAUCUCUGCUGGGUAAAACUCCUUUAAUCUGGCUCUGUGUGGUCUGACUGGCACCAAUACCCAUCCUACCUAUGUGGAUGGAUGGCAGACAGAAGUGGGGAUGGGUGGGGUGCUUCAUGCCAUGAAAAUGACCAAGGCUGGAAGUGGAGGCAGGACCUUGGAUCUGUAACAAUACAGAGGAGAAAGGGGCUCUGUCUUAACACUAAAAUCAAACAGAAAAUUGCUUAUCUAGAACAUAGGCCCCAGUGAAGUUAGAUUUUGAUGGAACUCAAACUUCAGUGACACAGGAAUGAAGUAGCUCAUGCAUCACAACACAGCAGUUGAGGGACAAUGGAGCAAGAUGGUUUCAGGAUCUGAGGCUCCACAAGACUCAUCGGAGGCUUAGCAACCUAAAUGUUCUUAGGAUUGGUGUUCUUAAUCUAGGUCUCUGCUUGGGCCCUGCUGGACAGUAUGUAUAUAGGCACAUGUGGGUCUUUGUCAGUCAUUUCAGAGACAUCAGUAUGCUACCACGGUGCCUGGAAGCUUGCAUAUGAAGAGCUAAAUAGAGUUCUUAAAGGACUCUACAGUAGCAUGGCAUUUCCAACACUUUUCUUUAAAACUUGUCUUCUGAGAUACAGUCACUGCCUGGCAAAUCUAUUCACAUAACAGCAAAUUUCUAAAGGUGUUUUGUGUGUGUGUGUGUGUGUGUGUGUGUGGUUUGUUUUGUGUUUUAAUUAUUCAGGUUUUUGGGAUAGGGCCUGGCAGGUCUGGAAUUUACUGUGUAAACCCAGGCUGGCCUCAACUUUUAGAGAUCCAUCUGCUUCUUCAUGAGUGCUAGGAUAACAAGUAUAAACCACCCAUGAUGGCUCUAGAGUAUAUUUUUUAAUCAUUAAAAUAUUUUAUUAUUGUGUGUACACUGUAGGUGUGGCUGGAGUGAGUAUGCUAACAGUGUACGUGGAGGUCAGAACACAGCCUUAUCUAGUUGGUUCUCUCCUCUGACCUUUAUAUAGGUUCAUAGGAGCAAACUCAGGUUGCCAGGUUUUUGUGGUAAGUACUGCCACCUUUACCUACAGAACUAUCUUGUGGGUCCUAAAGUGUUGGGUUGUUUUUUUUUUUAAUUUUUGUUUUUGUUUUUUUGAGACAGGGUUUCUCUAUGUAACAGCCCUGAUUAUCCUGGAACUUGCUUUGGAGACCAGGCUGGUCUUGAACUCUGCCUCUGCCUCCUAAGUGCUGGGAUUAAAGGUGUGCGCCACCAAGACAAGUCAGCACAUUUUUAAAUAGUCCUUUUUUUCUUAUGAAUUAGAGGGUCUACGUAGUUUCAGACUAGCAGGGACAACAUGAGACCUUGCUUCAAAACCAAACAAAACCUUUUCCAAAAAUCUUUAAUGACAAAUGUACUCAAUAAAACUGUUUUUAAUGAUAUAAAGAUAUCAGCCUAAACAGAAAACAUUUCUCCAGGCUGAAGAAAUACUCUACUCCAUUUUAGAGGACUAAGACCACUUUAUAAAGUAGUACAGACCCAAGCACACAGAAAUGUGACUCACUCAACACUGUGUUCAUUAAACUUCUCCUGUUUCCUCUGGUUAUUCAAAAUGUAAAAUCAAAUCAAAGUGAGAAUAUUACCCGGAUCUGUUUUUUGGCUGUUUUUUUGUUUUGUUUUGAGACAGGGUUUCCCUGUGUAGUCCUGGCUGUCCUAGAACUAGCUUUGUAGAACAAGCUGGCCUCAAACUCACAGACAUCUGCCUGAGGACUGGGAUUAAAGGUAUGUGCUACCACCCAGCUCCCAGAUAUUUUUUAUCCAAAGGGUAAUUUUUCUUAAUCUUUAUGGGUGUUUCCCCUGCAUAUAUGUCUGUGUAACAUGAAUAUGUGGUGCCUUCAGAGGCAUUAAGAGAGUAUUGGAACCCCUGGUUCUAGAAUUACAGAAAGAACAGACAUGUGGGUGCUGGGAUCAAACUCAGUCCUCUAGAAGAGUGACCAGUACUCUGAAGCACCAAGCCAUCUCUUUGGACCCAGAAUAAAAUUUCUUAAAAACAAAGAAAGAAAGAAACAUCAAAAGCCUAGACUAGUAACAUUCAUCUACAAUCCCAGCACUGGAGGCUGAGGUAGGAAGAUCAAAAGUUCAAAGGGUAAAGUGGCUUGUGCCUUUGAUCCCAGCAGGAGGCAGACAGGUAGGUCUCUGAGUUUGAGGCCAUCUAGUUGACAUAGCUGCAGGUCAGUCAGGGCUACAAAGUUAAAAGCUACCUUGAGUUCCAUGGUGAAGUGAUACUAUGUGUCUUCUUGUAUAUCAGGAGAGACUGUCUUGGAACUCCAAAGGAAAUACUUCUUUAAAUGCCAAGACUUCCAUAGGAAGAUCCAUCAAGACCUGGAAACACGAGCACUCUAAAGCAGUUGGUUCGGCUUUUUUGGAUUUAAGACAGGGUCUUUCUAUAUAGUCCUGACUAGCCUUGAACUCUGAGAUCCUUGACUCUAUCUCCCAAGUGCUGGAACUAAAGGCAUGCGCCACCAUGCCCAGCUAGUUUGGCUUUCAUCUGAACAUUUUUUCCAAUAUUAUCUACAUGAUUCACAGCUAAUCAAAUUUUCCACUACCCUCAGCCAAGGGUAAUGUUCCAUAGAGCUAUCUCAGGCUGGACAAUAAGUUGUUACCAAAUUUCAUACAAUUACAUACAGGAGUUCACCACUACUGAGAAUGAUAAAAAAAAAAACAAAAAACAUUUCAUUUCUAGAACAUAACAAAGCUUUGAAGAG